UGAUUCAUUUCUAACUGUUUGUAGUUUUAGUCUUAUAUUAUUAUUGAAGUAAGUAACAGGGCAAUGAAAUCCUUAAUAGUGCUAUUGGUGACGAUAUGUAUACCUGCUCUGGCGUAUUACCACGAGCCCAGUAUGACAGUUAUUUCGACUGAAACCCUUGGAUUGAGAAAGCAAGCUUUGUUUGGAUAUAGUACAACCUAUCAGGAUCAACACAGACGGUUAAUUGUCGGCGCACCACGGGCGGACAAUGUAGGAAAAAUAUUUUAUAUUGACGUUAAUUCUGGGAACAUUAAAGAGAUACAAAUGCCUAUGCGUCAAAGUGACAACCAAAACCGAACGCAGGAUUUUUGGCUUGGAGCCACAGUUAGCUCCACUAAUUCGUAUUUUAUAACGUGUGCCCCAAGAAGCCGAGAUUUUCAUAACAAUUAUAAAGCAUCAGAAUGUUACUUUGGAAAAACGCCAGAUGAUACUUAUUUAUUGCCGUCACUUGAACCAGGAAUGGAGAUAAGUUUUAAUGCAGGUAUUACCACAUUCGGGUGGAGCAUUGCCUCAAACUCGUUGAUAUUAAUGGGAAGUCCUGGAAGUCAAAAAGGUGGCGCCAUAUUAUGGAACCCACAGAGUUUUGAAACACUAGUAUAUCAAGAAAUCAUCCUUAAUAAGAAUAAAUAUCCAGGUUUCGGUUAUAGUGUAUUAACUGGCAAGUUCUUGUCCGACAAAACCUCCUAUGUCAUCAGCACUACGUAUGGCGAUUACGGACAGGGAAAAAUCCUUUUCUAUGGUAAAAGCCAAUAUCUUGGAUAUGCGUUACAACAUGAACUGUCGGAUGGCGAGGUUGGGUCAAAGUACGGUGCUGUGAUGGCUGCGGCAAAUCUGGGUGGCGUCCGUCCAAGCCUCAUUGUGGGCGCACCUACGUAUAAUGAAGGUUCCGGUUUUGAUACAGGCGCCGUAUACUUGUAUUUACAGAAUUAUGAUGCAAACAUAUUAACGCUAAAAAGAAUAGUGACGGGAACAGAAAAUGGUGGAUAUUUCGGCGCUGCAAUAGUUAGUGUUGGUGACAUGGAUGGCGACGGUCUCGAUGAAGUGGCUAUAAGUGCUCCUUAUGAAAACGAGAAUAAGGGUGUGGUGUACUUGUACUCCGGCGCGGGUUUGAUUGCGGGUCGGAAGUGGUUUCAGAGAAUACAACCAUCUGGUUUUAAUACUUUUGGCUUGAGCCUUACUGCAAUGGAUAAUUUUUCCGAUAAUGGCUGUAAAGGUAUAGCCAUUGGUGCUCCGGACAGUAAUAAAGUAGCAUUAUUUCGAGGCAUACCAGCUAUUACUGUGACGUUGUUCACAACCUUUCCCAAUUUACAGAAACGUCAAGAUAAGACAAUCUUUAAGUUUAGCUCUGGAUUGAAAAUUCUGUAUCCAGCAAACUUGAAGACCUGUGAGGCUAAUAUAUCAGUGACAAUCGAAGUGAUGCAUCCUAGUGCAAAAUUAGCAAAUGCCAAUUCGGAUGGAAAUAUAAUUUUCUAUAACACAUUGGAAACGAAACCAAGUGUCAUAAAUAAUGCUGUCAAAGUAUUUACGCCAUUUGGAGGAUAUUACGACCAAGAGAUUUCAUACAAAAUAUCAGCCCGCUUGGUAAAAACGCCAUCUCAGGAUACGGAGUUUAGACCAUCCCAAGUGAUGCUGAGUGAAUCGAGUAUUUUGACUCUCUUCGGCUCUGUGUCAGCGUUGGAUUGUGAAGGGACCUGUACUCCGAACCUUAAAGCUAGCUUGACAACGGCUAUAGCUCGUCCAUACAUAUCAGGUUCAUCGGCCAAUGAAAUAAUAUCGAUAACUGUGAGAAAUGAUGGCGAAACUGCGUACACGUCCUGUCUUGUUCUGCGCGUCAGUCCCGUCUUGGUGUUAAAGACUCCCGAGGAUUGUGUUCGGGCCACAGGUACGGAGGUCCUGACUUGCAAGCCAAGAGCUAGUUUGGGAAAAGGAGCGACAUGGAAUACUGGUGACAUCACUCUGGAAACUAGUAGUUUGACAAACGCAGACAAAUCCAUAAAAAUAGCAUAUGAAAUUUAUGACCAUUGUGAAAAGCUAUCUAAUAGCACAAGAAAACAUUAUGAAGAAAUUUUCAUCGUUCAACCUGUUAGUGAUGGCAUAAAGAUAGAAGGGACAUCGAACUCUGAAGAAGUAGUAAACGUCACUUUACGAGAUGUGGAAGCCGGGAAGCGUUUGGAACACAUUUACAAGAUAAGCAACACGGGACCAACCCGCUGGGUAGGCAUUGAUUGUAAGGUGCAACUACCAAAAAUAGUUAACAAGGGUAUAAUAGACAUUUAUGUCACGGUAAAAACUAAAACGUCUUCAUCAAACUGCAGUAUUGAUGAAGAUAUCAGACACGCAUCAUGCAAUAUUCCAGAGCUCAGCAUAAACGAUGUAGUCAGUAUUUAUGUCAGUUUUUUUGCGCUACCCACCAAAUUAGAUAAUAUUAUACAAAAAGAAGAUAUUAAAUUAAAUUCGAAGAUAACCUUAGCGCUUGGAGAAGAGGAAAAGUCUUUUAAUAUCACGAACACUCUCCAUUAUAACUGCGACAUCGUAGCAACGUGGAUCAUAGUAUUGGCUGUUUUAUUCGGUCUCCUCUUGAUCGCUAUUUUAAUAUAUGUACUUUAUAAGUGCGGUUUCCUACAAAGAAAGAAGAAACUUCAAGCUGACAGCUUCAGGAAAACCAUUAAAGACUAUGAAAGAUUUACACCCGAGACUUACGAAGAGACUCAAGCUCCCAUCGAUGACUGUUCAUGAAAAAUGCCGACAAUGACAAUUAUUUAUUAUAGAAAUAAGCGUUACUAUUAAUCUAAUAUAUGUUUAAACACUGAAUGUGAAGGAUUGAAUACCUACAAUACUGUUUUGUCUCAAUACUUUUUUAAUAUAGUAUAAUCCCUACAUGGGACAGAGGGCGUCAGUGAGCCAGUGAGUCUCCAUCGCGUUUGAUCUUGAACUUCGUGUUUCAACUUUAUCUUCAAGGAACUUAAUUCGAAAAGCAGUGUUGGCUUAGUGGUUUCGGCGUGCGACUCUCAUCUCUGAGGUCGUAACUUCUACUUUCUUCCUAUAUGCGCAUUUAACAUUCGCACGAACGGUGAAGGUAAACAUCGUGAGCAAACCGACAUGUCUUAGACCCAAAAAGUCAACGGCGUGUGUCGGUCACCUACUUGCCUAUUAGAUUGACAAAUGAUCAUGAAACAUAUUCGGAUAUCUGAAGCCCAACCCUUAAGGUUGUUGCGCGACUGAUUAUUAUUUAUUAUAAUUGAUACCAAACCUCUCCAGAGUUGAGUAUACAAUAAGGAUUUAUAAUACUGAAACUUCAGAGUUAACACUAGCGCCAAAUACGAUUUUCAUUUGUCAAAAUCACAAGUCUGCAUUGACGCCCUUUUUCCUUUUUAUAUAUAGGCAACAAGUUUCGUAUUAAUCUUCUAAUAUAACCCAUUCGUCUUUUUCUGUCAUUUAUUUGAUAGAACGGGGCAAAGGCGCAGGAGGUGAGAAUCUCAUGUUAAGUUGAAAACCGCCACCUAUGGACACUCAAUGCCAGAGGCCUUGCGAGUAACAUUAGGGCGAUACUAAGUGUGGAUAGAAUUAAAAUGUAAACUCCA